UCAGCUACGUGGACCAUAGCUGGCCCUUUAAGGACUAGGAGGUGCGCUGUCUCUUUAAGGCAGGUCCUUGUGGUUUCUGUUUUCUGAAGGAAGUGACGGGGGAUUGAAUGAAAAGUGCAGAACCGAGUUAAAGCGGGCGGGAGUGGGGGACAGAGGCAACAGCUGGGUUGGGGAGAGAUUGGCCAACCGGCCAUGCCCUGGGGGCUCCCGCUCUGAUACGGCCGCGCGGUUUCUCUGCACUGGCAGCAUUCCCGGGCUCAGCCCAUGUGCCCAGCGCGUACCGCUGGAUAGAGGCAGAGCCCCCUCUGGGUCCAGCUCUCCCCUCCCUACUCCCAGCUCCUAAGUUGGUACCAACUUCAGCCGAAGUUUGGCAACUCCUCUUCCCCCGACCCGUGCGUCGGGGGUGAGGAGGGGGCCCACCGGGCUAAGAAGGGGAGCGGUGGACUCCGCUUCUGCUGCCCCCGGGGAUGCGCUCCCUCGGGAGCAGAGUCCCGCAUCCUCCCCAGCUGCUGCUCCUGCUGCUGCUGAUCCCUGGGUUGCAGGCGCCGGCCGGGGGGUCCUCGGGGCUGUCGGAGCUGAAGGUCCGGGUGCGGCUGCCAGAUGGCCAGGUGACGGAGGAGAGCCUGCAGGCUGACAGUGAUGCAGACUGCAUCAGCCUGGAGCUGCAUAAACCCGACGGGACCCUCAUCUCCUUCACUGCAGACUUCAAAAGGGAUGUAAAGAUCUUCCGAGCCCUGAUCCUGGGUGAGCUGGAGAAAGGCCAGAGUCAGUUCCAGGCCCUGUGCUUCAUCACAAGGCUACAUCAUAACGAGAUUAUCCCCAGUGAGGCUAUGGCUAAACUUCGGCAGAAAAACCCUCGAGCGGUACGUCAGGCUGAAGAGGUACGGAGUCUGGAACAACUUCACAUGGAUGUGGCAGUCAAUUUCAGCAAGGGAGCAUGGCUGAGCCCCCACAUCCAUAAUGUGUGUGCUGAAGCCCAAGAGGCCAUCUACACCCGGGAAGAGGACGUCAAAUUCUGGCUAGAGAGAGGUGUGGAUGGCUCCAUGUUUGAAGCACUGCCUUCGCAGCCAAUGGACCUCUCCAGCCUACAACGUUGUCGGCUAGUCGGUGACCGAUGGAAACCUUGUCUCUGUCACUACGGGCUCAACUUAGCUUGGUACCCCUGCCUGCUCAAGUACUGCCACAGUCGGGAACCUAAUGGCCGCCUCUCCUCCUAUAAGUGUGGCAUCCGCAGCUGCCAGAAGAGCUAUAAUUUUGACUAUUAUGUGCCCCAGAAGCAACUCUGCCUUUGGGAUGAGGACACCUAACCAGGGCCGGGGGCCUUGAGCUAGGGAGGGGUGAGGUGCAGUGCUCCCUUAUGAGAAGCAGAGAAAGGGGCUGAAAAGCCUCUUCUUUCCUCAUCCCUUCUGGAGUCUCAGACCCCUUGCUCUACUACUGUGAAAAGAUUAACACAAAGGUUAACAGAAAACCUCCCCUUCUCCUCCCCAAUCCCUACUCCCUGCUCCUUUAUUGAGGGUAGGGGAAGAGCCCAAUAUAGCCCCCUCCCCUUAAAGUAUGUCAUUUUUCAAGUAACCAAAAUGUGACCAUUUCUUUUAUUUAAAUCUUUUAAGGUUCAAACCUCAAUAAAACCCUACUGGGGUGGGGGAGAGGGAAGGGAAGUAUAAUAAAUCCCCUGUCUGCUCUGCCCCUCUCCUCCCACACUUCUCCUCCCUGACUUAGAAGGAACCCAUACAAAUCCCUUCCUUAAGGGGCUUCUGUUUGUCUGCCCUCCCCGCCCCACUCCAGCAAGAGAUCUUCUGAGGACACUCCCCUCCCCUCUGCCAAAGGCAUGGGGGUAGGAGCAGCAAGUGACAUCAAUGAAUUACCCACGGGUAACAAAGGAAAGAAGGGUGAGGGCCAGAGAGGAUCACAAGCCAUAGCUCCCACCCCCUAGAAAGCCAGCAGUCUAUGGGUGCAGGGGGUAAGGUGGGGUGGAGAGAUCUCCCCAGCCCUCCCCCUACCCAACUGCAGUGCCUUCAUCCUCCAGAUCAGGACCUAGCUAACCAUUGCCAGCAAUAUUUUUUCCAUUUCAUAAGAUUAUUUUUGUAAGGGUGGGGGGAGGGGGAGAGGAAGGGUUGAAUUCCAGAUUUUUAAUGCAAAGUAUUUAUCAUUUGUAUCAGAAAUAAAAAAAAAGAAGUUUUUACUUUA